CAUGUUCAGUGUCACUAUAUGACAGUGAAAUCACAUCAAAAUGACUAAAGUACUGUUUGCCAUCGUCCUCACGAUGAUCACAUUCGCUGUAGUACUAUCUGCCAGUACUAAGGAAGCUAUGACCACGACUAUGUCUGACCAGGUUAACAGCAUUGAUGUGGAUGUCUUAGCUGUUAUGGACAUGUGCAAUGAUAGCUACAGAAUUGAUCCAACUUAUUUACAAGCAUUAAAUGAGAGCGGGAGCUUCAUUGAUGAAACCGACAAGACGCCAAAGUGUUUCAUCCGCUGUGUAUUCGAAAACGUGGGCAUUGUAUCAGAAGAUGGUAAGCAGUUCAAUCCAGCGAGAGCUGCUGUCAUCUUUGCUGGAGAACGCAAUGGAAAGCCUAUGGAAGACAUCGCUGACAUGACUGCACUGUGUGCAACAGAUAGACAGGAAACCUGCCCCUGCGACAGAUCAUACAAGUUCCUAAGAUGCCUGAUGUCGAUGGAAAUUGAAAGAUACGAGAAAUCUUAAAUGGACAGGGAUACCUCUUUGUAACAAAUGCCGCCCUAGUACCUUUUACAACUAUGUGAAAUAUUCAACCUCGCAAUAACUUAGUAGUAGAAUAGUAAGUAGUCCAUGUUAUAAAUUAUACUGAAUAAUAAAAGUACUUUAAAAGUUAA